UUUUAUUUUGUUUAUUUAGGUACUAAAAAUUUAAAUCAAAACUGCAAAACUUCAACAUAAAAAUGUAUACAUGUAAUUGUUAUAGGGUUUUCGAAACCACUAUAAAAAAAUUACUCUUAUUCAUUUCACCGUGUAUUUUCUUUCUCGAGUGUAGAAAUUGUGUAACAUUUUGAAUAUUUGGCUAGUUUUUUCGUCAUUUUUAACACAAAAUGGCUGAAGAAACAAAAAAGAAGGCUCUCAUGGUUUGUCUUGGCAACAGUUGUCGGUCACCGAUUGCAGAGGCUGUAUUCCAGCACACAGUAAAUAAGAUGGGUGUAGGAUAUCUAUGGGAAGUUGAUAGUGCAGGCCUAGCUGGCUGGAACGUUGGUAACUCACCAACACAUAGAGCUUUGAAUACAAUGAAAAAACAUGGAUUAAGAUAUAAUAAUCUUGGAAGACAGAUAACUAAAGAAGACUUUAAUAAUUUUGACUUCAUAUUUGGAAUGGAUCAAAAGAAUAUAAGUGACCUCAAAAGUAUGGCACCUGAAAAUUGUAAAGCAAAGAUAUUUCUUUUUGGAGAAUUUGAUCCAGAAGGCGAAAGAAUUAUAAGAGAUCCUUAUUUUGACAAUGACGAAAGGGGCUUUGAAAAGGCUUACGAACAGGCUGUUAGAUGUGCAAAAGGAUUUUUAGAGCAACUAGAUAAAGGAAAUGUCAAAUAGAAUAUUAACAAAAUAUUUUACAAUAUAUUUUGUAAUAAAAA